CUGUCAGAUAUUGGUCUGCGCUCGACAGAGAAGCGUAACGAUUUUGUGAAUGAUCUGGAGGAUCAUGUCAAAAAGGCUACGAGCGUCCCUGAAAGCAGUAUUCCUACCACGAAGUCGCCAUCAUGGAAGGCUAUAUGCAUUUCACGCUCUUCCACAAGGAGGAUAUUGAACAACCAAGCAGAAUAUCGGACGGGUUCGCGCGUAGCUGAACAGACUGAAGAUGCCGCGACAAAGGAGGUGUCACCUAUCCGCUCUGCAGUUAUGGAAGCAGCCCCAGCGAAGCGAAUCGCACAACAGCUCGAGGAGCGGCUCAAAACUACCUCUGCAAAAAUACCCACUCCAAAGCCUGUCACUGCGCCAGCAUCGGCUUCAGUUCCUCCUAUCACGCCAACUACACCGCGGGUGCAGACGCAAUGGCGUGGCAGUCAUAACACUCCUGUUGUGAUAGGUAGCACGCCAGGUGUACCAGUUCAACCUGAAGUAUGUUCGAGCAAUCUGAAAUCGUUAAAGUCACGAUGGGAGUUCUCUUCGCUGACGGGGACCCCAUUACACCCGGAUGAAACUGAGGAUGAUAUCCUGAAAGCUGCGAUUCGUAUGCGAGAUAGAGCGAUUCCACGAAGAUUCGACAACAAACCAAGGGAUCCACAGCCCUAUCUAACGAAGAAAAUUGAGAAAAGCGUCCAGGAGGCUAAUAAGCGCUCUUCAUUGUGUUCGCCAAAGUCAAAGAGUCCACGCUAUAUGGAUGAGUCUGAUGAAGACGCCCAAGGCGACUUCAAGAAAAAGUCUGUUGUUAAAACCGCCUACUCUCCAUAUAAAUCACCUGCAAUCAAGAUGCCGCAGCGAAAAUCACCGGGGCGUUCGCCCAAGUCGCCAAUGCGUUUGGAGCGUCCCGACACACCAGAGGAAGCCAAUCUGUUUGGGGAUGAUGAGGAAUCAACGGAUGAAGUGAACGUUAGUCAUAGCGUAUCACAUUUAAUCGAUCAGGCUUUCGAAUUUAUGGAAAACACGCCGAACAAGGGAGCUGGCGACACGACACCGAUGAAGUGUGAAUAUGGUGGUGUGGCACCGUAUGCUGAAGAGGAGGACUUCUCGCCCAUGAAGAAACAGCAAAAAUCGUUGCCGGUACCGCCUGAAGUAUACGACUCUCCUCAUGAGGAACAUACGUUCACUACGGCGCAUGAAGAGAGAGAUUCUCCCAAGCGAGAACGCGACGGUUCGUCGCUUCCCUACACGGUUUCGUUUUACCGUAAACGUAUACGAGAAAUGCGUAGUGCUGACACUGGUAUAGAGAAAAUCGACUUAACAACAGAGGUUGCAACUGCUCCGAUCCAGACAGUAAUAGGAGGCGCCAUACACGAAGAUACUGACGAGGAUGAUGCUGCUAGGCAGGAGAGAAAGGCUGCGAUGGAACGUGAAGUGGGCAUACAACAACAGCGGAUAGCUCAGGCUAUGCACGCUUUGCGGUACUGUAAAGAGCAGACUGAGUUCCGAGGAAGUCGUGAAGAGGUUGAUGCUCAACGUGCCCUCCUAAUUGCGACUGAAACUCGACGUGCCUUGCUAUUCGAGAUCGAUCGGCUAAAUCGUGGAUUACCGAAGGGGUCCUCGUGGAACGCUGACGAUUACCAGCAUCAACAUGACAUAUACUAUUUUAUUGUUCUGCUUCGGUACGGUUGCGAAGUUCAACAUACCUCUCUGGUGACAAGUGAUGAAGGUCUGAGAAAGAAGGGUGUACUCGAGUUCAACUACUAUCUUUCGCUAAAGGAUUUACCUCCGGACUUUGUGUGCGCCCUUGAAAUUUUUGGUCUGAGAACGAAAAGAGAGCACAUCUCCCAUGAAGUUAAAUAUCGACUCACUGGAACAUUAAGUAAGAAGCAACGCUCGAAGGUCGCAUCGACCAUGAAGACGUCACUUGGCGGACCAUCUGCCCUCACGGAACCCGCCUUCCAGCUGGUCGGCAGAUUGACCAUCGACAUUAAUACACAUGGUCGAAAGCUGGCGUUGCAGGAGGUGAUUGGCACCAUUGGAAGGACAUGUUGCUAUUAA